AUGGCCAGGACUAUAGGUGAUGCGACAAAGCGUCGCAAGAGUGUGGCACUCAUAAAUUUCUGGCGUGUGGCACGCGUUGACAACGAGACGAGUCGCAAGCAAAAAAAGCGCGUACGCUGGCCAAGAAAACGUGCCAAUAGAGAUGAUUAUGUACACAAGGGUUGCUUUCAGGAGGCCAUUAAGCCAGUGCUGAUUAUUGCUCAGAUAUUUGCACUUAUGCCCGUGCGGGGCAUUACCUCCGAUUUUGCCGAGGAUCUGAGUUUCAGCUGGAUGAGCUUUCGUACCUGUUAUGCCUUGAUUGUUAGCAUUCUGUUUUUGAUCACCUCUGGCUAUAUGGCAGCGUUUGUGAUGCAAGUGAACUUUGACUUUGACUCGGUGGAGACGCUUGUCUUCUAUGGCUCGAUAUUUGCCAUUUCUGUGGCCUUCUUUCAGCUGGCGACCAAGUGGCCCGCAGUUGUCCAAGAGUGGCAAAUGGUGGAGUCUCAGCUGCCGGCACUGCGCACGGAAAAGGAACGUGGUGCAUUGGCUUAUCACAUCAGAAUGAUUAUAAUGAUUGCCAUAGGUUGUUCACUCGUGGAGCAUCUGUUGAGCAUGCUGUCCAGCAUCUAUUAUGUCAAUGCCUGUCCUGUGAUGCCAAAUCGACCUAUCGAUAGCUAUUUGUUGAUCAACUUCAGCAUGUUCUAUCAUUAUGUGGCGUACAACACAGCGUUGGGCAUUCUUGGCAAGGUAAUAAAUGUGCUGGCCACAUUUGCCUGGAGCUUCAAUGACAUCUUCGUAAUGGCAGUUAGUGUUUCUUUAGCAUCACGUUUUCGCCAACUCAACGAUUAUAUGCUUAGCGAGGCCAGAUUGCCCACAAGCGCUGACUUCUGGAUUCGAUGCCGCAUCAAUUUUCGUAAUCUCUGCAAGCUUUGCAAUGUUGUCGAUGAUGCCAUCUCGAUCGUAACUCUGCUCUGCUUUAGCAACAAUCUUUAUUUCAUCUGCGGCAAGAUUCUUAAGAGUUUACAGAAAAAGCCUUCUGCCUCGCAUACCGCUUACUUUUGGUUCUCCUUGGGCUAUUUGCUUAUACGCACUUUGGUACUCUCACUUUAUAGCGCCAGCAUUAAUGAUGAGUCCAAGCGUCCUUUGCGAAUAUUUCAGCAUGUACCCAGACAAUACUGGACUCCUGAGCUCAAGCGAUUUUCGGAGGAGGUACACAUGGAUCAAGUGGCUUUAACUGGCAUGAAAUUCUUUAGACUCACAAGAGGCGUUGUCAUUUCGGUGGCUGGCACAAUUGUAACUUAUGAACUAAUUUUGCUGCAGUUUAACAAAGCUGACAAAGUGAAUGAUUGCUACGAGCAUUGAGCACGGAGCAGAAACACGGACAAUUGAGUUAUCACUUUUUUUGCAAUGACCUACAAUUUGUUAUUGUUAUUUGUAAAUGUCACGUUGUCGCUUUAAUUAUAGAUAAGUGCAAAACAA